GCGAAAGAUUUUCGUACAUUUUCGGGGGAUCGCGGAGGAUGAUGACCUUCUUGGCUGUCCUGUUGUUGUUGCUGUUGGUGGUGGUGUGUGCGAGCAGCACCACUGGAAGCGAUGACGGAGGAGCUGGGGAGGAAACCGUGUUUGAGCUCACACCAGAGACUGCGACACCAUCAAGAGUGGAAGAACUCGUCCACCAAGGGAUUCCAUUCGUCAUUCGAGGUGAGGCCUCCACUUGGCCAGCUGUAGGGAAAUGGAACCUUGCGUGGCUGAAAGCCAAGUUUGGAAGACAGGUGAAGAACCGGCACCCAGAUCGAGGGGAGGCGCUGUUCGACGGGGAUGGGACAUUCGCUGGCUACUUUGACGUGAGCGACGAGGAGUGGGAGGCGUUCCUUGAGGCCUUUGAGGCCGAGGACGCGGGCCAGCCCAACAUCGCCUGGCAGUGCCGCAAUGCAUCCGCGUCGGAGCAGCUGCGUGAAGACUACAAGCUGCCGCGCCCACUCGCUGGUCUUGGCCAGGAUGCGGGCGACUAUGUGAGCGAGCACGGGGCACGGGAAACGCUGUUUUUCGCACUGGAGAAAGGGGAGGGGCGCGAGCCUCAUAUUGACUACAGCUGCAACAGCGCGUGGAGUGCACAGAUCCAGGGCGAAAAGGAAUGGAGAUUAUGGCCACCUGACCACUGCCAGAAUCAUUUGUUUACGGAGGGCCAGGCGGAGGAUGCGCCCGCGUGCACGCGGGCGCAGCCAUUGCGGGUUGUGCUACGGCCUGGCGAUGUGCUGUUCUGGUACCCCGGCUGGAUGCACGCCACACGGGCAAUUGCUGCGCCAAGCCUUGGCCUCUCGCGCGAGUUCUUCACGCCGCUGCCGCGCGUCAUGCUGGCAGAGCACGAUGCGAUCUACAGAGCGCACAGCGCCGCGCGCGCCAGCUACACCCGCUGCUUCAAGUUGUGGCACGAUGCAAGCGGCAAGUACGCUGGCGAACAGGCGAGCGAGAAUGACAGGAAAGGACACAACUAGCGUACAUGCAUGACACGUAUGCAUGCGUUC